CUUCAGGUGAAUGGGCGGGACUUCUCCAAGGCCGGGCACGACGAGGCGUCGGUGGUCGACGCCCUCCGUCGGGACGCUCUGCGGCGGGACCCCAUCGUGGUGCAGGUGCUCCGGCGCACCCCCGCGGGGGGCGUUGCCGCCGCCGUAGCCCGUAACCAAGGCGACGGCGGCGUGGCGGUGGACGUGUGCACGCAGACGGACAUCACCUUCGAGCACAUCAUGGCGCUGGCCAAGCUCCGCGCCACGACCCCGCCGGUGCCCGACGUCUGCCCCUUCCUGCUCUCCGACAGCUGUCAUUCCAUCCACACGAUGGAGCAUGAGUACUACGAGUGUCCAGAGUACCUGUCCAACACGGCGGGCGAGGUGGAGAGGUCCGAGGAGUACGAGUACGAGGAGGUGGAGCUGUGCAGGCAGAACAGCCUGGAGAAACUGGGGCUGACGCUGUGCUACAGAACGGACGAGGAGGAGGACAUGGCCAUCUACGUCAGCCAGGUGGAACCAAACAGCAUAGCAGCCAGAGACGGACGCAUCAAGGAGGGCGACCGCAUCCUGCAGAUCAACGGCUGCGAGGUGCAGGACAGAGAGAGAGCCGUGGCUCUGCUGGCCAGCGAAGACGCCCGGAGUAUCCUGUUCCUGGUGACCAGGCCGGACCUGCAGCUGGAGGAGGAGGAGGAGUGGCUGGAGGUGGAGCAGGGGGAGAUCCUGCAGGAGAUGAAGACGCAGAUCCUGGAGAGAGAGGACAGCACCACCAGAGAGGAGGAGCAUGCGGGCGAGGACGAGGUGACCACGGACACGGCCACCUACUCCUCCACCACCCAGGACAAGGACAGUGGCCUGGGCCGCGGCACCGAGAGCCCCGACCCCCGGCCCCCGUCGGCCCCGCUGUCCUCCCGGCUGCACCGCCGCACCACCGCCCAGUGCCUCCGCGACCGCUGGCGCGCCGAGCAGGCCCAGCGGCAGGCGCUCAGCCCCCGCAGCACCCCCCCCACCAAGGGCCCGAGCCGCGAGGGCAAGCUGGUGAUGCGGGGCUCCUUGGGUGGGGUCGGAGGCGGAGGCGGAGGCGGUGGCGUCGGCGGUCUCCUCGGCACGGACAGCCGCUUCCAGCAGCUCCUCGAGCUCAAGUGCCAGAUCCGGAACGGGGGGGAGUGCGGGGUGUACUCCAUCCGGCACAGCAUCGAGUGCAGCCUGACGGAGCAGGGUGGGGACGAGGGCGGUGUCGUCGGCGACGGCGGGGGAGGAGGAGGGGAGGAGGAGGAAGAGGAGGAGGAGGAAGGGGGAGGCGGCAUCGAGCAGGAGCUGCGCAUGCUGAACGAGGAGCUGCGCAGCAUCGAGCUGGAGUGCCAGAGCAUCAUGCAGGCCCACCACCUCCGCCAGGGCGACGCCAGCCCGGAGCCCCGCCCGCCGCCGCCGCCGCCCACGCCGCUCAGCCCCAAGGACCUGCUGAGGCGCCACGCCGGCAGGCUGGCGGACAUCCGCGAGCACCCCGAGGCGCCGCCGGGGUGCGUCGCGGCCCCCGCGCGGGACAAGGACAGCUCCAGCGUGUACAACACGGCCGACAGCGCCCGCUCCCCGGACCUCUCCCAGCAGCGCCGCGUGCGCCUCACCAACCAGAAGAACCUCAGGCUGGCGUCGGGGGUGAGGACGCCCGGCCCCAACGCCCCCAAGCCGUCCCCAGGGAGCGAGCCGGGCCAGGUCAUCUCCAGCAGCCCCGACCAGAGCAACCCGUCCCCGUCCGAGGCCUCCGACCCCGCGCUGCCCGCCGACGACGAGCGGUGUGAGAAGAAGGGCAGGGCCCGGGCCCCACAGAGGGGCCUGCCCUACGCCACGCCCAACCACUACCAGACGUCCCCCCUCCAGAGCCAGACGGGGACCCGGCAGCUCCAGAGCUACAUGCAGCUGCUCCACCAGACCUCCACCCUGGGCAGCUACUCCCAGAGCCAGCUCAGCCUGCUCAGCCUGUGCCGGGAGCCCGUCCACCACCACAACCACCCCCACCCCCACCGCCACGCGGGCAGCGGGAGCGGCAGCGGCGGCGGCGGUGGCGGCCUGCGCCCGGGCGAAGCGCGGCUGGAGUGGAAGGUCAAAGUGCGCGCCGACGGCUCCCGCUACGUGGCGCGGCGGCCCGCCCGCGACCGCAUCCUGCGGGAGCGCGCGCUGCGGAUCCGCGAGGAGCGCAGCGGCGGCGGCACGACCACGGACGACGACGCCAUGAGCGAGAUGAAGAUGGGCCGCUACUGGAGCAAGGAGGAGCGCAAGCAGCAGCUGGCGCGCGCCCGCGAGCAGCGCCAGCGCCGCGAGCACAUGCAGCGCAGCCGGCUGGAGUGCCUGCGCGAGGGGCCCGGCAGCGGGGCCGAGGGCCGCAAGGAGGUCAGCAUCCUGGAGCUCAGCCAGCGCAAGAUGAUGAAGAAGCGCAACAAGAAGAUCCUGGACAACUGGAUGACCAUCCAGGAGCUGAUGAGCCACGGGGCGCGGGCCCCGCCCGAAGGCGCCGCCACGCAGGUGCACAACGCCUUCCUGUCCGUCACGACGGUGUAG